AUGAGCCGCUCCACUCCUCUUUUUCUUUGGCUUUCUGAGGCCACGCCUCUGCUCGAUGUGACCUUCUGCAUCUCGGUGGUGGCUCUUCUCGCCACCCCCGACACGUGCAAGAAACGGGGGCCUCCUUCGUCUGUCGGUGCGGCAUUACGCAAAGAGCUGUGGACCUUCUUGAGCCUCAUCUGGGCGCAGGGACAGAGGCAAAGGCUCUCCGGCACCUUUGCGGUGCCGCCCGGAGGCCGCCCGGCAGCCGAGGAAGGAGCUGCAGAAAAGAGGGAGCCGGCGGCCGCCUCCCGGCCAAAGGAUGGCCUGCGCUGCGCCGCCUGCGGAAGGACCGCCAAGACGCAGUGCGGGCGCUGCAAGAAGGAAGCCUACUGCGACAAAGCUUGCCAGGCGCAGCACUGGAAAGUGCACAAAGCUGUCUGCCGACCAGCAACGAGGCGCUCCGAGUCAGAUCUUCUUCCAAGCGUUGCUAUACCCCUCUGCGGCGAUGGCUUCCGCUCCUGGCUCGCGCGUUCGCGCUGGCGGGAAAGCUCGACCUACUUGGAGGAGCCUGGAGUGGGCAUUACCAACUGGAGCAACAAUUGCUACCUCAGUGCAGUUUGUCAGUGCCUGCUCCACACGCCUCUAUUGCGGCAGCACCUGCGUGAAACCUGCCCCGAGCCUCCGGAGGAGCCCUGGCUCGCCGAGCUCCUGAAUCUGAGCCGCCUCAUGGACGGGGCGAAGCGCAAGGGCGCACGCUACGUGGAUUUGCCCAGGCGGCUCCAACGGCUGAUCACCGAGGCCUCGGAGGAGUUUGCCUUUGGGAGGCAAGCGGACGCCCACGAAGCCCUGAUGCUCCUGCUCUCGCGCUGGCUCAACGGUUGCGUCAAGGUCGGCGACGGAUCUGGCGAUUGCUCCAAGCUCGGGUACGCCGAGAAGGAGCAGCUGGAGGCCAGCAGCAUGGUUGGCCAUGUGUUCAGCAUGUUGAUGGGUUCUCGCGUGGCCUGCAACGCCUGUAGCUACGAGUCCUUGGUGACGCGGGUGGAGUACUGUCUCUGUCUCACGGUGACGCUGGGCAUGACGGAGGAAGAGCUUUCGAAGUGCCGGCAGGAGAGCGCCGAGAAGCAGCUGAACCGCUGGUGCCUUCGCCGGCCGCUGCCCGGCCCAGGCCGGACAUCGGACUCUUCGGCGAGCCCGACUUCGCUGGCGAAGCUGCUGGACGAGUACACCAAGGAGGAGCACAUCGCAGAUUUCAAGUGUGAAAAGUGCAACAAGCGAGGCGCCUGUCGCACGUCCUUCCUGCGCCGGAGGCCGAAUGUCUUCGUGGUCUACAUCGACCGCCGUCAGGACACGAACUUGUUCGGCAAGAUCAACAGGAGGGUGAGCUUUCCACUGGAGCUUGACCUCAGUCCGUGGAUUCCGGCCUCUGACCGGGAGAGAUUCCAUCGUGAUCUGAACGGUGAAGGGCUCCUCUACCAGCUCUACGCGAUGUGCGUCCAUCACGACCUCCGGGGCUCGACAGCUUCGGGGCAUUACGUGGCCUAUGCCCGCGAUCGCCACGAGACAUGGUACCACAUCGAUGACGAGAUGGUGCGACAAGUCCAGUGGUGCGACGUGGAAGAGCAGCACCCCUACUUGCUCUUCUACAUGGCCCAGCACCCCGUGGAGCUGGGGGAGCCCGUGCCCUCCGCCGAAGAGAAGUGCGACCCGGAGCCAGAACGGCCAGCGUCUGAAGCCGAGGCUGUCCCGCAAGCGCCCUCGGUCGCUCCGGAGGAGCCGCAGCCUGACGGCAGCGGCGGCAGCGAGUCUCUGGGC